AUGCGUUUCUACAGCACUGUUAGCAAAUGGAAACAGGACAUUCUCAAAAAGAAAUUACUCGAGAAGGAUGUCAUUUCAGCAUCGCAAUUCAAUCUGAUGGCGAACACGUUAAACCACCCUAAAUAUGCAUACAAUAAAUUGCCUGCCAAGGGAACCAUCUUACCGCCAGCAUGGCAUCUAGCUUAUUUUCCUCCCCGUGUGCCUGAAUCAGAACUUUCUCCAGACGGCUAUGAGACGGACUGGAGUCCUCCUUAUCCAUACGUACAUCGCAUGUGGGCAUGUGGUGAAUUAAGCUGGAGCAAAGACAACCCUUUGAAAGUAGGCCAAAACGUAACAAUGCAAUCUUCAAUCCGUGAUAUUCAAAUGCGCCAAGGAGGAAGACGUGGGGAUUCCAUCUUUAUUUGGGUUGAUAAGGAAUUGCACAAUGAGCAGGGCUGGUCAACUACAGAGUCUAGAUGUUGGGUGUAUGUCAAACAGCAAGACAAAGAUGCUAUCAAUCAACGACAACAAUCGCACCAGCUCAUAACGAACCCAUCGCCGACUCCUCCACCAACUGCUUCUCCUGAUUUCAUUAUCAACUUGAAGCCAACUCCAAUUACUCUGUUUAGGUUUUCCGCAUUAACUUUCAAUUCUCAUUUAAUUCAUUACGAUCACAUUUAUUCAACAACUGUAGAGCAUCAAAAAGGUUGUCUUGUGCAUGGUCCUUUGUCCUUUACUUUAAUGGUGAAUCAUUUAGAUCAAUAUUUAUCCAACAAAAAGACCAUUACCAACUUCGAUUAUCGAUGUCUGAGUCCGCUGAUUGUUAAUGAUCCCAUUACUGUUAUAGGUAAAGAGACUAGUGCUAACGAUUACGACUUGUGGGUUUUAGAUCAUGAGGGGAAGAUUGCAGUCAAGGGAACGGCAACUGUAGCUUAA